AUGGGUUUUACGGUCGCAGAGAGACUAAGGAGAGAAGAGUAUGUGUUCCAUGCAAAACUAGCACAACAAGCGGAACGCUACGAGGAGAUGGUUUCCUUCAUGCAGAAGAUAGUUGUAGGGUACACACCAGCCUCAGAGCUUAGCUUGGAAGAGAUGAACCUACUAUCUGUCGCUUACAAGAACGCGACCGAACCACUUCGUGCGGCGUUGAGAAUCCUUUCAAAGGAGGAAGAAGGUAGAAAGAAUGAAGAUGUUCACUUUGUGCAUGUUAAGAAAUACAAGUCCAAAGUUGAAUCGGAGUUGGAGAAUGUUUGUGGUAGUAUUCUGGAGUUGCUGGAUUCGAAACUUAUACCUUCUGCUUCAUCGAGUGAGAUUAGGGUUGUUUAUUAUCAGAUGAAAGGUGAUUAUCAAAGGUAUAUGGCUGAGUUUAAGAUUGGUGAUGACAAAAAAUCUGCUGUUGAGGAUAUUAUCUUGUCUUACAAGGCUGCACAGGAUAUUGCUGCUGCGGAUCUUCGAUCUUCUCAUCCUAUAAGAUUGGGUUUGGCUUUGAAUUUCUCGGUUUUCUAUUAUGAAAUUCUUAACCGGUUUGACGAAGGUCUUGACAUGGCUAGACAGGCUUUAGAUGAAGCACGUAAUGAGCUCAAAUUGGGAGAUGAAUACUACAAAGACAGCACGGUUCGCAUGCAACUUUUGAGAAACAACAUCACCCUCUGGACUUUUGAUGACACGGACCAGCUAGACGAGCAUUGA